AAUAAUUUAAGACUUAUAAAUAGGGUUGAAUUUACUUAAGUCAACAUACAAAUUCAUGGACGACUAUUCAAUAAAGGUAAUAUCAUGGAUCGGAAUAUCGUUUGUUACUACGUACCGAACUGUUUUGCUAAAACCACCUGAACAGGUAUUAGUACCUCUAGAUGGAGGUGGUAGAAUUAGUAAUAAAAGAGAGUGGAAUGAAGGCUUACCAUGUUUACCAGAGCCGUCAACAGAAAAAACGUUAAGAAAUUUGAUAAAACAAGACACAGACAAUUUGAUAAAAUGGAUCCGAGGAGACGUCCAAAUAAUACAAAAAUUGAUGAAAGGAAACGACAAAAAAAUACCCGAAUGGACGAAAGGAGAAACAGACACAUUACAUGAAUCCAUGAAGUUUCAAAUGAUCUCAUUCAACAGACAACCAUCGUUAUUAACGUACCAAAUUAUAGUUGUACAAAAUUUAACGACCGAUCAAGAAACGUUAAUAAAAUGGGUUGAAGAAAACGACAAAUCGUGUACUGUGUGUAGCGAAGAAGACAAGAGAAUAUUGACAGAAUGGAUAAUAGACAAUCAACAAACUAUAACGGAAUCGAUCACGAAAGACACCAUGCAGUUUUAUGAAAUGAUACAAGGACUCGACUACACAUUAGACGAAAAGACUAAAAAAGAUAUAAUAAUGUUAACCAAAACGACAGGGCGAUCAUCCAUUAAUACGCACAGACAUUAUAAUAUCAUUUUAUCAAAAACAAGCAAUAAGAACACGAUGACUGAAAUUGGAGAGAGGUCUCUGUUUGAACCAGGAUGUCCUUUUGCCUUAAAUAUAACUUCAACACAAAUUGAAUUAAAAUGGGAAGAACCAAGUGUAGGUGCUGGUUUUAUUGACUUGUAUAGGAUAAUGUGUGAGGAAAAACACAUUAGUGUGACAUGUUUCUUUGAAACUCCUGGAAAUUCUUGCACGUAUGUCGUAGAAGGAUUGAAGCCUAACACUGAGUAUGCAUUUAAAAUCCAAGCAGUCAAGAACGGUCAAAACAGAGGACCCUUCAGUGAAACCUUGACAGUACCAACAUUGGAAAUAUCGUGUGAUAGAAUGGCCGAGUUAGUAUACGUUUUGUUUUACAUUGCAGUGUUAGUAUGGUUUACGUACUUAUUUUUUUAUACUGUGACUACAACAUAAAUGAUUUGUGCCACUAUUUAUCAUGAUUUAUACAUCUUUCAUUAUUCACGAGAACAUUAAAGAUGGAAAAGUAAUAAUAUAUUGUAUUUUACGACAAGAUUUAACAGGUAUCAAAUGCCGGAACAUUGUUUGUAAUUUGUCGGCU